AUAUUUGUUUAUUGGUUACAAUUGAAUUUAAAAAAACAAUAUGGCGAUGCUUUUAAACUUCGUUGUACAGUCAACAGAUGCCGCAUGUGUCGUUGAUGUAAGAAUAUUUUUAUUAACCCAUCUAACCAAAAUUUAUUUUAUGGAACAUGCUUUUAUUCUUAUAUGUCCAUUAGACAAUUUAUAACUGUAAACGAAAAUAGUAUUUAAUCGAAAUAUUUUGUAUAGUUUAUAGAAUUCUGAAGAAAUAUAAUAUAAUUGUGUAUAGUUCAAUUUGAUAACUGAUCGAGAAGAUGGGUAAACACGAAGUGGGAACACCAAAAUAUAUUGCAAAUAAAAUCAAAGCUAAAGGUUUACAAAAAUUACGAUGGUAUUGUCAAAUGUGUCAGAAACAAUGUCGAGAUGAAAAUGGAUUUAAAUGUCAUACAAUGUCUGAAUCACAUCAUCGGCAAUUGUUACUUUUUGCUGAUAAUGCUAGUCGUUACAUGGAUCAAUUUUCACGUGAAUUUUCUGAAGGAUAUUUGAAUUUGUUGAAAAGACAGUUUGGUACUAGAAGAGUUCCAGCAAAUCGAGUUUAUCAAGAAUAUAUUUCGGAUAGAGGACAUGUACACAUGAAUGCAACUAUGUGGCUCACAUUAACAGGAUUUGUUAAGUGGUUAGGUAGAACAGGUAAAUGUGUUGUUGAUGAAACUGAAAAAGGUUGGUAUAUCACUUAUAUUGAUAGAGAUCCAGAAACAUUAGCUGCUCAAGAAAAGAAAGCUAAAAAACAGAAAAUGGAUAGAGAUGAUCAAGAAAAAUUAAUGGAUUUUAUAGAAAAACAAAUAGAAAAGGGUCAACUAGAAAAGCCGCUUAAAGAAGAAACGGUAGAAACAACUAAAGAAUUUUUACGACCAAAUGAUAAUGCACCUUUAGUUUUAGAUAUAAAAUUAAAAGCAAAACCAAAAGUUCCUCUAAUUAAUCCAUCUACGUCAAAGCAAAAUGAGAUUACUACUGAAUGUAAUAUUUUUAAAGGAAAUGAAGAAACUCAAAAGAUCAAGGUGGAAUCAAAGAAAAAUGAUAACUCAGAAAAACUCAUUAAAAACGAAGUAGGUUGGCUCAGGGAAAAAUUGGUAGUUAAGGUAAUUACCAAAAGUUUGGGUGAUAAAUAUUAUAAAGCUAAAGGUUUUGUUAAGUCGAUAGAAAAUUCUGGAUUUGUUGGCAAAGUAAAACUUACUACACCAGAAGAUGUUGAAGGACAUGUAAUAAAAUUAGAUCAAGAAUAUUUAGAAACAGUAAUACCUGCUAUUGGUAAGGAAGUUGUAAUACUUUGGGGAAAGUACAAAGGAGAAAAAGGAAUAGUAAAAAAGUUACACAUAGAAGAAUAUGCUAUAGAUGUACAAUUAGAAGGAAAACUCGUAAGAACGCUUCCAUAUGAACAAGUAUGUAAAUAUAUGGAUUGAUCGUUUACUACAUUCAAAAUGAAAGUGUUUUUUUGAAAAAAUAUUACCAUUGUUGACUCGUUUGAAGAUAAAUGGAUACACACAUUAUAACGACUUAUAUUUCUUGUAUAUAUUCUAUCAAGUUUUGUAAAUUUAUACAGAUGUUUCAUAUUUGUGAAAUCAAUACGCUUAUUUAUCUUUCCUCUUAAACCGGUUGUUUAACAAGAAAGAACUUUGCUACUAAUUUAAUUU